AAGGUCAAAGGAAAGGCCAAGAGCAGAUCGAGCAGAGCCGGAUUGCAGUUCCCGGUAGGAAGAAUACACAGGCUGUUGCGCAAAGGCAACUACGCCGAGAGAGUUGGAGCCGGAGCGCCCGUAUACUUAGCAGCGGUCAUGGAGUAUUUGGCGGCCGAAGUUUUGGAGUUGGCCGGAAACGCCGCCAGAGACAACAAAAAGACUCGUAUCAUCCCUCGCCAUCUUCAGUUGGCCAUAAGAAACGAUGAAGAGUUAAACAAACUC